AUGGCAGAAAACCCGCCCACCAAACCCCUUGUAAGUGUUGCCCCUGAUGCCACGAACUCAGGUGCCACAGGGCUUCGAGUUGUCAUCAUAGGCUCUGGAUUCUGUGGCCUCACCAGUGCCAUUGAAUGUCGUCUCAGGGGAAUGGAUGUGGUGGUUGUCGAGACGUAUCCCACAUCCCGCACACAAGGAGAUGUCAUCGACUUAUUCGCCAACGGCGGCAUGAUCUUUGAGUCGUGGGAUGGAGGUCGGAUUGCCGAAAAGAUGCUACAAGUCUGCAUCAAUCGCAAUGAUGCCUUCAAGUUCUACAACGCCAAGGGCGAGUAUCUGAUGGAGGAUGCCUGGCACAAAUAUCCCCAUCAUGCUCAGAGGCAGUACGCCGGUCACCGUGGAGAGAUGCAUGAGAUGGUGUCCGACUAUGCAGCCAGCCUCGGAGUGGAAUUUCGACUGGGAGAGACUGUCGUUGAUUAUGUCGAUCAGGGACGUGAAGGUGUCGAUCGCCAAGUCGGCGUCAGUUGUGUCAGCGGGCUUCAAGUCUGGGGAGACGUCAUUCUCUGCUGCGACGGCCCCAGGUCACUGGCCCGGCAGAAGGUUCUGCAGCUCCCGGAUCACAAAGUCAACUCGGGCUACGCCAUUUAUCGUGCAUUUUACACCCUCACUCCUGAAAUGCGAAAGAACAUCUACAUAAGUCGAUUCUGCGACCCUGAACGCGACUUCACAGGAAUGUGGGUGGGUAAGGACCUCCAUGGCCUCAUCUACAGCUGGAACCAAGGCCGCGAUCUUGGCUGGGUCUUGACGCAUAAGGACGACCACGACAUCGGGGAGUCAUGGUCCUUCCCUGGCAAAAAGCAGGACGUCAUGGCAUGCCUCGACGAAGGGGGCUUCUGCGAGCUGUUCAAAGAGGUCGUGCGUCUUACACCAGAGGAAAAUCUUGUCGACUACAAGCUGGUCUGGCGCGGUCCGUUGACAACGUGGCUGCCAAAGGGCCCGCAUCCGCGGAUGAUUGUACUCGGAGAUGCCGCACAUUGCCACUUGCCAACAUCCGGACAAGGGGCUUCACAAUCUGUCGAGGACGGAGCGGCGGUGGCGGCGUGCCUUGACAAGGCAAAAGGCGAUGUGCCGCUGGCAUUAAAAGUAUUCGAACGCAUCAGGUUCCAUCGCCAACACGUUAUCCACAUGUCGUCCGUAUCCAACCGGAACGAGUAUCACGAGAUAGAAUGGACGCCUGAAUUUGUGAAGCAGCACCCGGAUGCUCUGAAGCUUCGUCGUCCGGAUUGGAUUCUCGAGCACGACGCCAGAGCGAACGUCGAUCAACAUUUUGACCAGAUUGCUGACGACGUCCGGUCUGGGAAGCCUGGGUCUCUUUUUGAUUUGGCUUUGCCGGCAGAAGGCGAAAUCAUGCAGUUUCGCCCUGGAGACGACAACGAGAAGGCCGUUGACACAAGCUUUGAGGUGGAUGGCAUGAUGCCAGAUGAGGCCCAGUGUAAGCAGGCUACAAAGGUUGGCGUGGAUGCACAAGUUGCGGUUAUGGCGAGUUGA